GGAAACAUCCUCUUCUCUCAGUCUUAAGUCAUACUGCUGUUCUGUCAGUACAUCACCACGUAUGGGAUCGUCUGCUGCCAUUCGAAUCACACCCAGUCCUACAAACCGGACGCCUACAAGUCAAUGGGUUGAAUAUCCACAUUUGCGGACCUCCUCGCCAUCCGACAAAAUCUAAUGCUCGACUCUCCCUGGCCGCCGUCUGGUGCCAGUCCAUAAACGCACACAAUGCAUCCGGAAGACACUCCUCGCUUCACCCACUUUUCUUGUCAAUCUCAAGAGGUCACGGUAGCCUCCACCUUCGAAGGUCUCCUGGCCGAACGGUCCGAGCAUCUCUCAGAAUCAAAUGACCUUAAAGCAGACGCAUGGUGGUUGGACAUCUGCGACGCCUCCGAAGAGGAUGUCAAGGCGGUCGGGCAAGCUCUUUCUAUUCACCCCUUGACGGCCGAAGACAUCGUCACGCGGGAGCCACGUGAGAAGAUCGAGACCUUCCGAAAUUACUAUCUGAUUUCAUUCCAGACCCUGCUGUCAGCCACGAGUAACAGCUUGGAGCGGAUAAAGUCUCUGACUAGCGAGCCACACACCAUUCCUGACUCGGCUGGAUUCUAUAUCCUCGUCUUCAAGAACGCCAUCGCCACGUUCUCUCCCAAGGGAUGUAAUCAUGUUUCGCGGGUACUCGAUCGAAUCCACCGGAUGCAGGAUCCAUCAAUCAUGUCGAGUGAAUGGAUUUGCUAUGCCUUGAUCGAUGACAUCAUCGACAGCUUCGCACCCUACAUGCGAGCCGCGGAGCGCGACUGCGACGCUAUCGAAGAUCAAGUAUUCAUGGCGCGAGCUGACGACAUCAAAGCCAUCAUCCCGCUGGUCGACCGCCUCCACAAGAGCAUCACCCAGCUCACCAACUGCCUGAGCGGGAAGAACGACGUUCUCAACGGAUUCGUCAAACGCUGUCAGGCGAAGAGCCAGAACGCCGUCUUCUCCAAAGCGGAGAUGAUCGUGUACCUGGGUGAUGUACAGGACCAUUUGGUUACCACGCUGACCAGUCUCUCCCACUUCGACGAGAUUGUCGGUCGGUCGCAGGCGAAUUUCCUGGCUCAGAUGAACGUCAACAAUAUCCGGCUGAGCUUGAAUAUCAACGAGAUUCUGAGCAAGGUGACGGUCCUCGCGAGUAUUUUUGUGCCGUUGCAUAUGAUCACGGGUCUGUGGGGGAUGAAUGUGCCCGUCCCGGGACAGAAUGCCGACGGGCUGGGCUGGUUCUUUGGAAUUGUGGGGUGUUUCGUCGCGUUUAUUGUUGUGUGUUGCUUAGUCGCGCAGCGGAUGAAGUUGUUGUAGACACAGCUAGUUUACAUUGUAUAUGAUUCGAUACCAAUUUUGAGGCGAUUAGGAGGAUAGACAAGCCUAUGUGAGGCUACUAAAUGUGUUA